AUGGUCCAGAUCAACACACCUUGCCAAGUGAUCGACACUCAUGUCCAUUUUUGGGAUCCUGAAAGGGUCUCUGUGCCAUGGUUAUCAAGUGCUCCACACUUUAACGAGCGUCGUGAUGGUGAAAAAUACAGCAAAGAGAUCCCCAACGGCGUCCAAGUACGAGGUGCUGUUUACGUGGAAACGGAUGUGGAUCCUCGGCAAGGAUUAGUGGAAGCGGAUUGGAUCGCACAAUAUGCUGAACGGCUCAACAAAACAAGUACAGCUGUAUUUGGUGGGAUUGCCGGCAUUGUAGCUUAUGCACCCGUAGACCAAGGUCAGCCUGUACGACAUUAUUUGCGGCUGCUUACACAGCUUGUACCUUCCCAACGGCUACGUGGUGUACGUUAUCUAAUUCAAGAUCCAUCACUUGAUCCUGAAAGGGUCGCUCAACCACCCUUUGUGGAAGGGGUAAAGGCAUUGGGUGAAUACAAUUUGAGCUUUGACUUGAAUAUCAACUGCAAUGAAAGUCCUGCUCAAUUUCCACCUCUAAUUCAGCUGGUACGGCAGUGUCCCGAGAUUACGUUUGUGCUCGACCACAUGGCCAAACCUCCCUGUGACAGUCAUCCGGGCGAACCAGCCUUCAUCUUCUGGCAGGAUAACAUGAUGGCCUUAGCACAAUUUCCCAAUGUCAGCUGUAAGGUCUCUGGCCUAGUCACAGAAACAUCCACUCCCAGUGCGAAGCAACUUGCGCCAUUUGUGGAAGUAGCACGCAAGGCAUUUGGUAUCGAUCGGCUUAUGUUUGGUGGCGACUGGCCUGUGUGCGAAAAUGGAACACGGUGGAGCAAAUGGCUCGAGAUUCUAGCGGAAAUUGUCCAUGAUUGGUCUUCACAGGAUAAGGAAAAGCUCUUUGUCACAAACGCCAUUCGUAUCUACCGCCUUUGA